AUGAAUCUGUUGUUGUUAGCUACCUAUGCUGUCGGGCAGAUGGUUACAUAUGAGUUGGAAAGAGUCUCGGAGAGGCCGGCAGACUUGGAUCUGGUAGGAGCGAUUUCUGACGGAAAACUAAGUCUGGAUCUUUAUUUCAAGGAGACUGAGGACAACAUGGUUGACCCGCCGUUCCCUCUGCUGAUUCAGAAACUCAAAGGCAUUUCUGACCUUGUCAUGGAGAAGGGCGAUAAGACGUAUCGGAUUGUCCCUUUUGAAUCGAUUGAAAUAAGUUCUGGAGACGGGAAGAAAAUCUACGGGAAGUUCCGCGAAAUGGUGAACAUGGGAAACGAGGUGGUUGCGACAUACAUCAGCAGUGGAAACAAUGCAGGGGAGGAUAUAUACACCAGAAUGACAAUCAUAUUUUCACCUUCCGACGAAGAGGAUAAGAUAGAGAAGAUCUAUAGCGGAUGGUCUGAGUCAUGCCUCUUAAGAAUCCUGACGCCAAGGCUAAGAGUUAAACAGAAGAAAAAGAUUCUAUUUGUGUACCUUGAGGAUACCGGAAAUAAAGAAGGCGACGGUAUGUACACAGCGCAUUGGAUAGACGGGGAGAAGUUUGACGAUGACGCCCUCUUUAAGAAGGAGAUGCUGAUCUUUGAGGAGCCUGGCAAAGAAAAGGACUAG